UGUGCGCGAGGGCCGCCGGGAGUGCGUGUUCCCCCAUGUCCCCCUCCCAGCCUGCCUGGCUGGCCGGGCAUGCGCCGCGGGCGUUUUGGCGGGAAGCGCGGGGCGGGCCGGACAAUGCGAGUGUCCGCCGCGCGAGCCCAAUAAAGCUGCGCCGGUUUUGAAUAGCGGCGCGUUUCCCGCCGCCGGGGUCAGGGGUCGGGGUUCGGGUCGCGGGGCGGAGGGAAGAGCGAGUGAGCGAGCCAGCGGGCGGGCGGGAGGCGCCGGCGCCAGACGCGGAGGAAGGAGCUGCGAGCAGCCGCCGAGAGCCCGCGGAGCCCGCGACGACCGAGCCCGCCGAGCCGCCGCCGCCGCCGCCGCCGCGCCCAUGGCGGCCGCCAAGGACACCCACGAGGACCACGACACCUCCACCGAGAAUGCUGAUGAGUCCAACCACGACCCCCAGUUUGAGCCAAUAGUUUCUCUUCCCGAGCAAGAAAUUAAAACGCUGGAAGAAGAUGAAGAGGAACUUUUUAAAAUGCGAGCCAAGCUCUUCCGGUUUGCUUCAGAGAAUGACCUCCCGGAGUGGAAGGAGCGGGGCACCGGGGACGUCAAGCUGCUGAAGCACAAGGAGAAGGGGACCAUCCGCCUGCUCAUGCGCAGGGACAAGACCCUCAAGAUCUGCGCCAACCACUACAUCACGCCAAUGAUGGAGCUGAAGCCGAACGCGGGCAGCGACCGCGCCUGGGUCUGGAAUACCCAUGCUGACUUCGCCGAUGAGUGCCCCAAGCAGGAGCUGCUGGCCAUCCGCUUCCUCAACGCAGAGAAUGCACAGAAAUUUAAGACGAAGUUUGAAGAAUGCAGGAAAGAGAUCGAAGAGAAAGAAAAAAAAGGGUCUGGCAAGAACGACAGCGCCGAGAAGGUGGCAGAGAAGCUCGAGGCACUGUCGGUGGAGGAAGGCGAGCAGCCCCAGGACGCGGCCCCGGCGGCGGCUGAGGAGGAGCAGUGAGGUGCCCCGGGCACCUUGCCCCCGUCUCCCCGGUUUCUUUUUUUAAUUUUGCCCUGCGCCUUCUUUUCGGUUUGUUUUUAUUCUGUUUUGUUUUUACAAGGGACUUUAUAUAAAGAACUGACUUCCAACAUUCAGGUUGUUUUUUUUCUAAGUUUUUGCCCUCAUGAAGACAACUUCAGAAAAUCCAUUCCCUGGUCACGAGAAUGUACCGUGCUAACUUUCUUUUCCAUAGUGGAAACACUUAUUUAUAGUCAUCAAAAUAGCGAAUAAACAACACAUUUGAAACCUG